AUGCCUCCCCGACUCCGACUACGUUCCCUAGCACAGCUCGCGGAGCUCCAGCUCGACCGCACGGCCCCAAGAAGCCUUCCCUACACCUACACCUGCGGCCGAUGUAGUCGGUCCUACGCCACCGCAGCAGCAGCACCAUCAAUAGCAACGACGCCGGCUCCCACGGACGCGCAGAUCCAAUCCGGCUUCCCACCACUGUCGCGCUAUCCGCCCACUCAACCCCCCUCGCACCGCAACCCGGCGUACCGCAAGUCGCAGCUCCUCCGCUCCUACGUGUCCCUCCUACAGACCACGCCCCUGAUCAUCUUCUUCCAGCACAGCAACCUCAAAGCCACGGAAUGGGUGUCCAUCCGCCGCGAACUCGCGUCCGCGCUGCGCAAACUGGACGCACAGCUCGCGGCUGAGGGAAAACCCUCCGAAGAUCUAAUAGGCGAAUACGUCAAGCUGCAAGUCAUAAAGACGAAUAUGUUUGAACCGGCGCUCCGGAUAGCCGAGUACUUUAAGCCGGGAUUACCAGACGCACAGGGACAACCGCAUCAAGAGGCUAGUACAGGUGCAGGUGCAGGUGCAGAUACAGGAGGCGGUACAGGUGUAGUCUCGUCCAUCAGCGUGCCGAGCGAAAAGGAAGAUCCCAGCCUGACGCACGCCCUCUCCGUUGCGGCAUACCACGCCUCCCAGGCCCAUCGGAACGAACACGUCCUCACGCCGCUCCUCACGGGGAGUGUCGCGAUUUUGACCUUCCCCGCCGUGUCGCCGGUGUACGUGAAGACGGCGUUCUCGAUCCUGGCGCCCCAGCCGGGGAGCGUGUUCGCGGCGCCGACACGCCGUGCGAACCCCCUGUAUCACGAGCCCGCGGUGCAGGAUGGUGUGAAAAAGUUGAUGCUCCUAGGCGCAAGGAUCGAUGGGCAGGUCUUCGAUAUGGAGGGGGCGAGAUGGGUUGGCGGUAUUGAUGGGGGGAUUGACGGAUUGAGAGCCCAAUUGGUGGGCAUGCUGCAGGGCUUUGGGGCCGGGGUGGUGCAGGUGCUGGAGAGCGGGUCGCGGGCCGUGUGGUGGACGAUGGAGGGCCGGAGAAAGAUGUUGGAGGACGAGGCGGGUCCCAGUCCGAAAGACGAGGGUGAGCGCGAGACGAAAGAGUAG